ACCGACACUAAAACGUCCCUGCCUACAAAUCAUCCGGCCAAAUUAUGAGUUCAUUGUAUUAUGCGAAUGCUUUAUUUUCUAAAUAUCCAGCCGCAAGUUCGGUUUUCGCUACCGGAGCCUUCCCCGAACAAACUUCUUGUGCGUUUGCUUCCAACCCCCAGCGCCCGGGCUAUGGAGCGGGUUCGGGUGCUUCCUUCGCCGCCUCGAUGCAGGGCUUGUACCCCGGCGGGGGGGGCAUGGCGGGCCAGAGUGCAGCCGGCGUCUACGCGGCCGGCUACGGGCUCGAGCCGAGUUCCUUCAACAUGCACUGCGCGCCCUUUGAGCAGAACCUCUCCGGGGUGUGUCCCGGCGACUCCGCCAAGGCGGCGGGCGCCAAGGAGCAGAGGGACUCGGACUUGGCGGCCGAGAGUAACUUCCGGAUCUACCCCUGGAUGCGAAGCUCAGGGACUGACCGCAAGCGAGGCCGCCAGACCUACACCCGCUACCAGACCCUGGAGCUGGAGAAGGAGUUUCACUACAAUCGCUACCUGACGCGGCGGCGACGCAUCGAGAUCGCGCACGCGCUCUGCCUCACCGAAAGACAGAUCAAGAUCUGGUUCCAGAACCGGCGCAUGAAGUGGAAAAAAGAAAACAAGACCGCGGGCCCCGGAGCCACCGGCCAGGACAAGGCCGAGGCGGAGGAGGACGAGGAAGAGUGAAGGACAGAAAAAGGGCAGAGGAAGAGAGAGAAGAGAGAGGGAGAAGCGCAGCUCUGGGAA